AGACUAUGGAAAUGAUGUUAGACAAAAAGCAAAUUCAAGCAGUUUUCUUAUUCGAGUUCAGAAUGGGUCGUAAAGCAGUGGAGACAACUUGCAGUGUCAACAACACAUUUGGCCCAGGAACUGCUAACAAACGUACAGUGCAGUGGUGGUUCAAGAAGUUUUUCAAAGGAGAUGAGAGACUUGAAGAUGAGGAACAUGGUGGUCAGCCGUCGAAAGUUGACAACGAUCAAUUGAGAGCCAACAUUGAGGCUGAUCCUCUUAAAACUAAACAAGAAGUUGCUGAAGAACUCAAAGUCAACCAUUCUAUGGUUGUUCGACAUGUGAAGCAAAUUGGAAAGGUGAAAAAACUCCGUAAGUGGGUACCUCAUGAGCUGACUGAAAAUCUAAAAAAUCAUCGUUUUGAGGUGUCAUCUUCUCUUAUUCUAUGCAACAAAAACAAACCAUUUCUUGAUCGGAUUAUGAUGUGCAAUGAAAAGUGGAUCGUAUAUGACAGUCGUAUAUGACCAGCUCAGUGGCUGGACCAAGAAGAAGCUCCAAAGCACUUCCCAAAGCCAGACGUGCACCAAAAAAAGGUCAUGGUCACUGUUUGGUGGUCUGCUGCUGGUCUGGUCCACUACAGCUUUCUGAAUCCCGGUGAAAUCAUUACAUCUGAGAAGUAUGCUCAGCAGAUCGAUGAGAUGCACCAAAAACUGUAACGCCUGCAGCCGGCAAUGGUCAACAGAAGGGGCCCAGUUCUUCACGACAACGCCCGACUGCACAUCACACAACCAGUGCUUCAGAAGUUGAACAAAUUGGGCUACGAAGUUUUGCCUCAUCCACCAUAUUCACCUGACCUCUUGCCAACCAACUACCACUUCUUUAAGCAUCUCGAUGACUUCUUGCAAGGAAAAUGCUUCCACGACCAUCGGGAGGCAGAGAAUGCCUUCCAAGAGUUCAUUGAAUCCCAAAGCAUGGAUUUUUAUGCUACAGGAAUAAGCACAUUUAUUUCUCAUUG